AUGAAGCAUGGCCAGCUGGCAGCCAAGGAGUUUGCUGAGUUGGUCCGCGAGAGGAGGUUCGAAUCUGAGAUGGCACGGACGGAGAAUGAAAGAUUGACCACAGAGCCGUCGCAAUGGGGUGCUUUGCUUAAAUUUCUGUCUCUGCCAAUUGAGAAUGCCACCUCUUCACAAGCUAAAGGCUGUGAUGGAACUUCAGAAGUCAACUCUCGAGACCCACCCAGGAGCAGUCAAUCAUCAUCUCAGUUUGAGACUGACUGCACCCCACUGCUUCAUACUACCUCCACCUCCACCACUCCAGCCGAAGACAGCUCCUCUACUUCUCCAGCAAAAGAUUCCUCUACUCCUCCUGAAUAUGAAGGCUGUGAUGGAACUGCAGAAGUCAACUCUCGGGACCCAGCCAGGAGCCGUCAAUCGUCAUCUCAGUUUGAGACUGACCCCACUGCUUCUUACUACCUCCACCUCCACCACUCCAGCUGUAGAAAGCUCCUCUACUUCUUCAGAAAAAGAUACUUCUUUUCCUCCUGA